ACUCCCGCGGUUACGUCCUCCGGCGUCUUCCAUCGGCGCCUGUUCUGAUGCCCCCGUUGUCUUCUCCGUUGAAGUGCCGAAAUAACACGGUCGUUUGUUCAAGUUGAAACUGAGACUAUAUUCUCACAAAGUACUCUUCGGGAAUAUUUUUAUCGUUAAUUUACUUCGGAUUAGACUUGGUUUGUUGGUAAAAGCAAGCAUCUUUUUCGAUGAAGUGCCGAAAUAACACGGUCGUUUGCUCAAGCUGAAACUGAGACUAUAUUCUCACGAAGUACUCUUCGGGAAUAUUUAUAUUGUUUACUUCGGAUUCGACUUGGUCUGUUGGUAAAAGCAACCAUCUUUUUCAUGCAUUCUACAGGGAUAAUCAAUAGAACACACAUCAAGAACCAGGAGGAAAACCUUGAUGCCGAUUAGGCCGUGCGAAAACUCAUUGGUUGAUGGCCAGGGAAAUUUCGGUGUUGUGUUUGUACGAGGUUUCUCUCUUCUUCAGGUUCUCAGCAAAACACCUACGCGGAGUAUGACGACCCUGCAUGAAACGACACCGCUCCAUAUUUGGUCUUGGGCUUGACUGAAAUUCGGCUCGGGCUCACUCGAUUACACGUUAAGCCCAGCGCGAACCUCAAUUACACAGACCGCACAGUUGGGCUUGUUGGGCUAGAGGCCACCCACCCACGUGGUUGAGGUCCACAUCAAGAUUUAACUCAAGCCCCGAAUCUUGAGCCCAUGAAGAUAGUCGCAACCAACGGUCGAUGCGAUUCGCGAAGGGAAGCAAUAUAGGUUGCCUGGAGUUGGAGUGCCGCCACUGCACUGUGUCUCUGCAAACUGCAAUACUAACUCAGAGUCAGGGGAGCGCAAAGUGUUUUGAGGGGUUAAGCAACAGAGCCAAUGAACAAGCACACUGAUGCCUGGCAAAUCCUUCACGUCCCAGACAAGCCUCCAAUCCCGCCCGGCCAACAACCCACGGGUUGUUUCUCAAAUCUAACCACCGCCCCAAACCCACCCCCAAAACACCCCACACACGCCCUCCCCCCUCCACGCUUUUAUGCUUUCUACAUACAUUUUAUGCAGUUUUCCGAUUCUCUUUUGCCACAAACUUUUAUAACGUCUUCUUUUCUUUUCUUUUUUAUUUUUUGGUUCUCUUAUGUAUGUACAGUUAAUGUUUUAGCUUCAGUCAUUGAGCCAAAGAUCGCCAACACUCUGGUAAGGCGUUUAAAUCAAAUAGCACCUCUGGAGAAUCUCCGCCAUGUGAAACGUGUGCAGAAGAAAUAUCAUGAAGGAGGGAAAACUCAGUUAGCAGUAAUCCUGUGUCUAGCAUGUGAAAAUGACAAUCAGUUGGACAGCAUGCAACAUGAUGUACGAGAGAUAGUCAAUGCCUACCAGCUUAGUGCUUUUAUUACAAAAGUUAGCAAAUCUGCCGCAUCAUCAAAAGAAGAGUGGGAAGAACAAUGCAAGCUUUGGCCAACAUCAUAUCAUCCACCAACCUACAAUAUUGAUGGUAUUACUGGAUUUAGUGAAGAGGACUCACAGUCAGUGUUCAGCUUCAUGAGAUUCGCUGUGGAGCUGGCAAAAUCUGAUGAUGGUUUGGUAGUGAAUGCUGCAGUCAUUGUGGAUCCUUCGGUUAAGCAAGUAAUUGCAAGUGCACGUGAUGAAAUCUGCUCUUGGAAUACUUGUAAUAACAAAAGCAGCAUUCAAACUAGCUCCUUUCAACGGCUAGAAGUAUGCAAUACCUGUUCCAUUUCCAAUGUCAGAACAGAUGACACUCUACUUUCAAAGGCUUCCACCAGUGAACUCGGACGAUUUACAGGUGUUUCUUGUUUAUACCCUUGGCGGUGGUCUGAGCAACAAUUGUCUCCACCAAAUUCUUGUUAUUGGCACCCUUUACGACAUGCUGCACUUGUGGCCAUUGAAUCCUCUGCUGCUAGGGACAGGCUACUUUUCCCUGGUUCGAGAGAGAUUGAAGAUAAGUCCUUUGACAUGGAACAUAUACAGUCUCCUUCCACGGGCUCUCCAGCAAAAAGAAAAAAACUAGAUAUGAAAAAUGUUGAGGAUCAUGCGAAACUGGAUACUCUUGUUGGAGGUAAUUCUGUAUCAGCCAGACCUUAUCUAUGCACUGGGUACGACAUAUACCUUGUUUGGGAACCAUGCACAAUGUGUGCAAUGGCACUUGUCCAUCAAAGAAUUAGGCGCAUAUUUUAUGCAUUCACAAAUCCCAAUGCUGGUGCCUUGGGUAGUGUUCACAGAUUACAGGGGGAGAAGAGCUUAAACCAUCACUACGCUGUUUUCAGGGUCUUGUUGCCCGAAGAAGUGAUGGGAAAUAAAAACGGGUAAUGCCAAAAACCAGUAUUCAAGUUCCUCAUUUGUAAUAUCUCAAGUAGAGUGUGAUCUUUUUGCUUGUUCUUUAUAAUUGAAUCUUAAUUAAAUAUUAACCAGAAAGAAGGCCCCUGGAUACUGAAAUGCAUUCUUUCAUUGUGUGUGGUCAGUUUGUUGUAGCCUUUUGCCUUUUUCCUUUGCAGAAAACCAUUUACUUUUUUUUCUUCCCUUCAAGAAUUGUGUUGAUAUCAUGUCUUGAUACUUGGAUUAUGAUUGGUACGUACCCAAUUUAUUCAUGUCAAGUUAGAGACAUUUUAAAUGA